CAAAAUUUGACAAUUGUACCUGCAGAACCAAAGUUCUAGAAUUUUCAAGAAAAAUUAAAAUAUUGAAUUGAUUUUUUAUCGGAAUUUCGUGUUAAAUACAAACACUGAUGAUUAUACAAACAGUUGUAAUGUUUGCUUCAACGAAUCAUUAAUUUCAAUGUAAAAUAUUUUAGAGUUUCAGUCAAAACUAAGUACAUUUUUCUAAGAUCAUAAACUAUUUUACCAUGAAUGUUCCAAAAUAUUUCCAGUAUUUGGUUGUAAAACUGGUACAUUUUUGUUCCUAUAUUAUAUUAAUCAAUUGCGGUGCCAACAACCUACAUCACAUGGAUGGAACUUCUUCUGCAGAUCUUAUUAAUGGAUAUGUAUUUUUUGAAAUAGUAGAUCCUGUACAGCUGGAAUACACGUAUAGACUUAGACCUGCCUUAGAUUUUGGAGCCCCAUUUAAUGCCUCUUUCCAUAUAAAAAAUGUUCCACUCGUACCUGUUCUACCAAAAAAUGGAUGUAAACCUCCUGAUAAUUUUGAUGAUAUAGAAGGAAAUGUAGCGUUAAUUGAAAGGGGAGAUUGUUCUUUCAAGAAGAAGACGUAUUUCGCAGAACGUGCGGGUGCCAGAGCAGUCAUAAUUAGUGACGUUGUUAAUCCUAAUCAAGAAUUUUUUAUCGAAAUGGUAGAUGACACCUCUGUCGAAGAUGUACACAUUCCCGCAGGUUACCUAUUAGGUAAAAACGGGCUGAUGAUUUUAAAAACACUAGAAAAACUAAAUCGGAACUAUGCUAUAAUCAAUUUACCUGUCAAUCUAACAUUUACCCUCAUUUCUGAUAUGAAUCAACCACCAUGGUUGGGUUGGUAGCAGAUUUGGUCGAUUUAUGCACUUUUAUAUUUUUGUAGAGCAUUGUUAUUGUGUAUUUUCGCAUUUUUACCAUUUGUGAAUGAUUAAUACCUAUUCUCCACAUUAAAAGCCACAAUAAAUAACAUUUAACUAAGUGAUUGCUAUACAGUGAUGAGCGCGCUAAUAACCGGCAAAAUUACGGAAAAAAACGAAAAAUAUAAUACGUUGUGAAAUAAAAGAUGAAACUAGUAGAGGUGGGAAAUAUCAAUAGAAACCUAUAAAUUUACAUUAUAUGUGUUGAUAGUUUCCCACCUUUAGCCGUAUCGUAGUCAAACUGUCACAGAAGAAUUUUAUAAAGCUAAAUUUUUUAUAAAAUUCUCCUGUCACAGUGGCGGUUGUCAAACUCCUCCGAUAAGUCUAAAGGUGGGAAACUUUCAAUACAAUGUAAAUUUAUAGGUUUCUGUUGAUAAUUUCCCACCUCUGAUAGUUACAUCUCUUUUUAUAUUUCACAACAUAUUAUGUUUUCCGUCUUUUGCAUUAUUUUUCCUGUUUUUAGUGCACUCAUCACUGUAAUUUUUUUUUUAAAUAUGAGCAAUAUUUUUUAGUUUUCGCCCACUUUUGUAGGGAGGGAGGUUCGCGGAUUUUUAUAUUAUUGUAACUUAAGGUACAUACUAGUACACUUUAGAACAGCGGUUCUCAACCACCGUGUCGCGACACACUGGUGUGUCGGAAGAACCUAUCAGGUGUGUCGCGAGAUUUACGAAUACGAUAUUUUUAUUUAUAUUUUUUUACUUAUUAUAAUAUACCAAUCAUGCAUUCAACCAUUUUUUUAACUAUUAGGUAUAUACCACGUUAUACCAAUCAAUAAAGUGACAAUCCGUAAUUGUUUCUUCUCUGUAAGUGUUUUUAAAACUUGAAAAGACAUUUGAAAAUUCAUUUGAUGAAAAGACAUUUGGAACAAAAUCAUCAAAUCAUUUCCCAAAAACCGCGCGAGUAUUUUCAACGUCUACGUUGUUCCAUUCAAUCAUCCUCAGUUAUAAUAGAAAAACUAAUAAAACUCCCAGAUAAGGCACUUUUAGCAUCAUAUAAAGUUUCUGAAUUGAUUGCCAAAAAAACAGAAAGCCCAUACUAUUGGUGAAGAGCUUAUUUUACCGGCAUGUAAAGAAUUAGUUGCUACAAUGUUAGGCCCGGAAGCUGUUGAACAAAAAAUAUCAAAGAUACUUUUAUCAAAUGACACAGUCCAUCGACGUAUAUUAGAUAUGUCAAUCGAUAUCCAAAGUAAUAUUAGGGAGGUAUUGGCAAAUACACAAUUUGCUCUACAACUGGACGGAAGUACGGACAUUUCGGGAAAGGCCCAAUUGAUAUAUUUUAUAAGAUUUGUGUACGGACCGGAAAUUAUUGAACAGUUCCUAUUCUGUCGUGAAUUGGAAACAACAACCACUGGAGCUGAUAUAUUUUCUACUGUUGACACCUUCUUCUAGGAUCACGGAUUUAAGUGGACGGAUUUUAUUGCGAUAUGAACAGAUGGUGCUGCUGCAAUGACGGGAAAUGUCAAAGGAUUUUUAAGUUUCGCACUAAAGAAAAACCAGUUGAUAAUAAUUACUAAUUGCUUUUUACAUCGAGAAGCUCUGGUAGUAAAAACUACGGAUGGAAGCCAACUGGGUGAAGUUAUUCAUACUGUUGUUUCUAUGAUCAACUAUAUCAAAACUCGUCCGGUGAAAUCAAAGGUGUUUGAGAAACUUUGUAAAGACGUGGGCGAAGAUCAUAAAGUCUUGUUAUUUCAUAGUAAAAUUCGUUGGCUUUCGAAAGGAAAAAUACUAAACAGAGUUUUAGAACUUAAAGACGAACUACUCGAAUUUUUUAAAACAGAAGAUGGCCAAAGUGAUAAAACCCUCUUUGGUGUGCUAAGUUGGCUUACCUUUCUGACAUUUUUUAUAAGCUAAAUUCUUUGAAUGCAACUACGCAAGGACGAAAGGAAACCAUAAUACUCGUAUCAUCAAUUGAUAAAAUAAGUGCGUUCUCCAAAAAACUUACAUUCUGGAACUCGGUUAUAGAAAAAAAAAAACGAUUUGACUGCUUUUCCCGAAACCUCUAUAUCUUUAAUUAAUUUGAAAUCUGAAGAACAGACUCUACUAAAGGAGAGCAUGAAAGAGCACUUAUGUAAGUUGCAAGAAGGGAUAACUAAAUACUUUCCCUCUGUCUUGAGUGCUAACUGUGAAUGGUUGAUUGCACUUAUUGAAGUGUAUUCUGACACAGUUUUAAUAUCAAAAUUUUGAGAAGUAGCUCCGGAUGUUUUUUGGAUUUCAGUUAAGAAUGAAUAUCCAGAAUUAGCAAAGAAAGCAGUAUCCCUUUUACUGCCGUUUUAGACCUCGUAAUUAUGUGAAUCUGCAUUUUCUGCGAUGAAAAAUAUAAAAUCUAGCUACCGGUCUCGACUACUUGAUGUGGACAGCGAGCUGAGAGUGUGUAUGUCUACAAUUCGUCCUCGGAUAGAUAUAUUUUGCAAAAUCAUCAGGGUCAAAUUUCACACUGAUUUUAUGUAUUCUUUCUGUUUUGUUUUUUACUUGUUAUGUUCUUACGAAAUAAAAAAUAAUAUGCUUAAUAUAUUCAUCUGUACUUACCUACCACUAGCAAAAAUUUGUACAUAUAAGGGUGUCGCGAAUCUGUAAGGAGUACGUUAGUGCGUCGCUGAGUAAAAAAGGUUGAGAACCGCUGCUUUAGAAGACCAAAAAUAAUCAUUUUUUUCAAGAAUUUUUUUCUCAGAACCUUUAUUAAAAAUGAACAUAAACCUUUUUACAUAUUAAUAUCUAACUCUUGGAGAGUACAAAAAAUAUAUAUUUUUUCAUUUGUGCACGUGCACUAAUAUUGUAGAGGGCGCAAAAGUAAAGGCCUCGAAAAAUGAUAGCGGACAGUUAAUCUCAGGAUUGGGAUAUCAGAAACCAAAAAAUCGUACUGCAUUUGAAAAAGAAUGGUUUCUUACGUGACAAUUUACCACAAUUUGACCAAAAAAUAAAUAUUUUUUAACCAUGAAAAAUUGAAUAAAAACGGGCGAUUUUUUCACAAUUUUUUUUCAAAUUUCCGUAAAAUCUUUUUUUGCAGAAUUUUUCACUAACGGUGGUAAAUUGUCACGUAAGAGACCUUUCUUUUUCAAAUGCCGUGCGAUUUUUUUGUUUCAGAGAUCCCAAUCCUGAGAUUAACUGUCCGCCAUCGGAACUACUUUUUUUUCGAGGCCUCGAAUUUGGCGCCCUCUACAAUAUUAGUGUACGUGCAUAAAUGAAAAAAGAUAUAUUUUUUGUAUUCUCUAAGAGUUAUAUUAAUAUAUAAAAAGUUUUAUGUUCAUUUUUAAUAACGGUCCUGAGAAAAAAAGUCUUGAAAAAAUGCUUAAUUUUGGUCCUCUAAAGUGUACUAGUACCUUAAAAAAGUAGCCUAUCACAAUUUUUUUAGCCCUGUAGGUGACCCUGGGCCUGAGAUGUCCCUCGAAAGAGUUAAAAAAUAGCAUUGUUUACCCUAUAUUUGAAGAGCUGUAUUUCUGAGCCCAAUGUUGUAUAUAGAGUUAAAUGUUAAUUGAGUGUUUCCUUUAGAGUCUUUUUCAUUUAUGUACAAAACAUGUAAUUUUAUGAUCUUGUUUGUUAAAUAAAUCAUUAUUCGUUGCUGUUAAA